ACCGUUGUACCGCCAUAUGCUUACCGCGCGACAAGGCAUGUUUCAUACCUGACAGCCCCGUAUCCACCCCUACGGUUGCCAAAGGAAGGCGUACGUGCAUGGCGUUCUGUAAGAUCGCCCCCUCCUCAUACAUAAGACACUUGAAAGGGCUUGCUAGAGCUCGUUCGGCUGAUACGGUCGGCAAGGCUAGAAUCGAUCCAAUAGCGUAGGCGAAGUAAUAGCAGACACCGCAAGAAUGCCAAUCCCUUCUGAUUCGGAAGCUUCCACGACUGACGACGAGGGUCUCUUCGAUACUGUGACUGAGAUUGGUCUCGAUAAAUGGCACAGAUUGCCAGGCGAAUUCGACCUCUUCAAAGGGGAUGGGCGACCCGACACCAAAUUCCUUGCAAUCGGAGAUGCCAAACUGCCAGUCUUUGACGAGCUUACAUCAUGGAUGAAGCGGUCAAACAAGCCGCCUCCGGAUGAAAUCUUUCGGGAUCGUUCGGGGUUCCAUCCCGAAGAUGCUGAGAAAAACUAUAUGGUCGCUGAGAAGAGGUUCAAUAUGGACAUUCCAGUCCCUGGGGUUCAAGCAGAUCUUGAAGAUCGCGAGUUUUACGAUCGUUGGGCAGAGACGUUGGAUUUUCGCUGGAAUCACGACUUUGCAGAUCUACGUCUGCGCCGAACCAAAAGCCACGGUUGGAAGUGGAGACUCAUACGGAUCCGGCCUGAUGGCUCAAUUGUCGUCUGUCCCUUCAUAAAGCCGGCCCAAAGACCAUUCCGGGAGCGAGGACAAAAGUCGACUGAUGUCUCACGGAAUCGUGUACAUCCGCAUGCUCUUUUAGACACGAUGAGGGCGCAAGCCCAAUCGCGCUGGAAGGGUAUGCCCAUCACCGAUAAAGAAGAACAAGAGGACAGGGCCGCUUUAAACCACUUGCGUUACAUAGAAGGGCUGAAGAAUAAUUACGGAUUCUUGGGAGAGAUGCUCUGUGGCAUGGCGGCAGAUACCGGCUCUGGCGUCAGAAUCUUGGUGAUAGGCUUUCUGGCCGUUUUCACCUUGCUAUUUUGCUACGGCCCGCCCACAUUGCUACCUUACCUGUCGGAAUUCGUGACGGCGGUCCUCCCGUUGCAAGCGACCCUGAGAGGUAUCCUGACGUCUGCCAAUGACAUGAAUCGUGUGCCGGGUGAUCCGUACACAGAAGGCAACGUUCGACAAUGGCUUCUCUACUGGCCUUUCUAUCAAUUUCUCAGAUUCGUUCAAGGCUGGGUCUAUCUAGUGCGCCCAAACUGGUACAGGGUAAUAUGCGGUUGGAGAACCCUACUAUGUUUGUGCUGCACCAGUCCAUUCUUUGGCGACCGCUCGAUUCAUCCUGCCGACGCCAAAGAAAGUGAUUAUCGUCUACUAACACGAAUCUGGAGGGACCGUGGCGAGAGAAUGGCCGAAGAAGUGGCCGCGUUUCAGGCGCAGAAAGUGUUGGCGACAGUCAAAGGAGGCAAGAGUCCGCAAUCGGGACGAAAACACAACGGGGGUACCCGAUUCUCACCGUUCGAGCACGCACAAAUGCUCUUGAACGAAGCGAGAAUGCUUCACGGUUUGAUCGAAGAAACGUGGCGGGGCGGAGAGAUAGCGACGAGAAAGAUGGCAUCUGCUACAAGUGGGACAAGCCUGCGUGAAGCAAUUCACAAUCUCACUAAAGUCAUGGACGUUGGCAAGGAUCUUGCAAGGGCGGACCCCAAAAAGCAGGAGGAAUUCGAACAGCGCUGUAAAGAGCUGGAACGUGCGAUCGGAAAGACAUAUACCGGAACUCGAUCUCAAGCCGGAGCAGAAGCAUUUCGUACCCAUCUCAAACAUCUUUACCAGGCGUCUGAUGAGAGUAUCUCACAAUACCUGCAUGCCCUCUCUAUUGAGCGCGGGGUCGUUAAUUCGCGCAGGAACGGUGCCAACAAGGCGUGGUCCAACAAGGACCUUCGUGAACAUCAUAGUAUGACUCAACGCAGGGAGGUCGUUGAUCACAACGACGAGACAAAAGUUCUGGUCGAGGCCGAAAAGCCAUUCUACGAUCCGGAAUAUUCCUACGACCCUCAGAAAUCGCUUUCUGGACUCACGCGCCAACUCAAGGACGAUUUCCGUCGAGCUGUCAGCGGCGAUAUGACGAAACGCAACGAGUUCAUAAACGAUCCUGCCAAGAAGCAAAAGAUCCACGAACAAAUGCGAAACGCUGGUUAUGGCGGGCAAGGCUUCGACAGUCGUCAGCCCUGGAACCCUGCCAAAUUCGCUCCGAAUGCGGCGUUCAGUGAGGACAUGUCGAGCCUUAUCGCGGAAGAGAGGCGUCAUCCCGGAACGGGCCUUAUUCAACGUCCUGGAAUUGGAGCUGCUCCCGACGCGAUACAUAUGUUCAACAAACUUACUCCGGAGCAACGUAUGAGGGGAAUGAACUACUAAGAUCUGUAUGAUCAUGUAGAAGGCUUGACGUCCUUUAUCUUGCUUUCGUUUGCGCCCGACGCUUCUGCAUCCCUUGGUACUACCCGAAAGAAAUCCUUGACUGAAGCUUUCUGGUUUGGAUCGACUGACUUGGCUUUGGCACUGCUCUUGCUUUCACUAGCUU